UUGAUCGUCAUCUAAUUGUUACAACCACAAUGACACUCCGACUGCGGCGGCUUCUCCCCGCCAUUGUCAUAAUUGCAAUUAUCUACACCUUCCACCACACCUUCAUCUCCUCCUCCCCUCCUCCGAUCCAUUCCGUCCCUUCCGAUUGCGCCCUCCCCCCCAUAUACAAUGACGUCCUCGUUAUCCUGAAAACCGGCAUCACCGAAGCCCGCGACAAGGUGCCUCCGCACCUAACCACCACCCUGCGCUGCAUCCCCAAUUACAUGAUCUACUCCGACUACGCCGAGCCCCUGUCGCCGACCGUCUUCUCCCAAGAUAUCCUAGGCCCGUACAUCUCCAGCGCCACGAAAGCCACCAACCCAGACUUCUCCCUAUACAACCGCGUCCGGCUCGCCGGUCACUCAGGCCUCACACCCGCCGACCUGGUCGCGGACGUCAACACGCCGAUCGGCAAACCCAACAACCCAGGCUGGAAGCUGGACAAGUGGAAGUUCCUGCCGAUGGUGGACGGAGCGCUGGCCGCCCGCCCGGAGGCCAAAUGGUUCGUCUUCAUGGAAGCCGACACCUACCUCCUGUGGGCCAACCUGGCCGCCUGGCUGGCUCGCUUCGACCCUCGCAAGCCCUGGUACCUGGGGAACCAGAUGCAGAUCGUCGACGCGCUGUUCGCGCACGGUGGCUCCGGCUUCGUGCUCUCCCGGCCCGCGAUGGAGAUGGCGCGCGAUCUGCGCGCCCAGAGCGAGGAUGGCUGGGAGACGGCCGUCGAUGCCCACUGGGCCGGCGACUGUCUGCUGGGGAUUCUCCUCGAGAGCUGCGGCGUGAGUCUAACCUGGAGCUGGCCCAUGCUGCAGAUCGCGCCGCCCGGCGAGGUGGAUUUCUUUGCGACCGGGUUCGAUAUGGGGCGGUUGUGGUGCUACCCUGCCGUCUCGUUUCAUCAUUUGGAAGGCGAGGAGGAUCUUCGUGGCUUGGAUCGGUUGGAGAAGGGCUGGGUGGCUGAUGGGUAUGCGGGUAAGGUCAUGGUUUACCGGGAUGUAUUUUGGCGGAUUGUUUGGGGGCAGAUCCAGUCGGUGAAGCAAGGGUGGGACAAUCUGGCUGCGGACGAGGACCUCGGUCGCGCCGGCAGCGUCGACGAGUGUAGGGAGAUGUGUGUCCAUGAGGCGCUGUGUCUGGCGUAUCGGUUUGCGCCCGCGGAUGAGACGUGUUGGAGUGGCCGCGGGAUGCAGUUGGGGAAGAAGGCGGAGGGGUUUACGUCCGGGUGGAUGACGCACAGGAUUCAGGCGGUCGCGGAGAGUUUGGGGCAAUGUGACGAGAUUAGCUGGUGGUUUCCUCCUCCCCCUGCUGCUCCGCCUGCUGCUGCUGCUGCUGCUGCGCUUGUUGAUCCUCCAGCGAUACUCGCCCAGGAUCAGCUCCCGCCCCGCCGCGAAGUCGAACGCGCGCAGCACAUCUACCCGGAACUGGACGGUCGGACGGUUGUUGUCGGACGCCAAUCGGACGGCGCCAGUGACGCUGUAGCGGAAGCGACCCAGGGCGAGAAACCAGUCCCAGUCUUCGUCGCUGGUGGUGGCGUAAUCGUGCCAGAAGCUACUGAACAGCACGGUGGUGCGCGCACCGGCGACCAGAUCCUGGGCGGCCAGCCGCGCCUUGAAAGUGACCAGCGUUUGUACCUCCUCGUAGAAGCGGGGGAUCGCCGCCAGCAACUCGUCCGGCGAGAUGCUGGCGUCCGUGCCGGUGUUACCCAGGUAGUGUUGCAGGUAGUGGGCAAAAUGCGGCAGUUGCUGCUGUUGCGCCGUGUGCGCCAGGGCGUAGAAGCGGGUUUUCGCGGCGUGGUCGGCUGCUGUCGCCAACUGCGAUUUCCAUGGGAAUUCAUCGGCGUGCGAGGAGGGAGGAGGAUCAUGCGGUGGAGGGGGCAGACUGAUGCCCAUGCAGGAGGCCGUGAUGGCAUGGAUUAACACACAGAGAAGCAGCCAUAUCCGCAUGGUUGGGGUGGUACAAGUUGUGCUGGUGAUGUAGCGUAUGCGGGGACAGACAAACGAGAUAGGCAGCAGG